UAUUCUACACUGCAGAAUCCUUUCACAAUAAAAGCCCUGUUCCUGUUAGGUCACCCAAAGACUAGAGCGUUUGUGACUCAUGGUGGCACUAACGGUUUGUAUGAAGCUGUGUAUCACGCCGUGCCAGUGGUCGGAAUCCCACUGUUCGCAGAUCAGCCAGAUAACCUUGCCCGCCUCAGUCGCCGUGGAGCCGCUGUCGUCCUCGACUUCAACAGUCUGACGUCCGACAUGCUGAGGCAGGCGCUGCAUGAUGUCAUCAACCAGCCAGGCUACAAGUCCAGCAUGCAGCAUCUGUCGGAUGUGCAUCAUGAUCAGCCGGUGGCGCCGCUGAGCACUGCCGCAUUCUGGGUGGAGUUUGUGAUGCGACACGGAGGAGCGCGACACCUGCGGCUGGCAUCACAUGACCUGAACUGGGUCCAGUACCACAGCCUGGACAUUGCUGCUGCCCUGCUGGUUGUGAUGAUGAUCACCGGUGCCCUCUGCUGGGCGGGCAUCCGCUGUUUCCUGAUUCGCUGCAGACGAGGACGACGAGAAAAGAACGACUGAAGAUUUAACUUCCUCGUAAAUUUUCAUGUUAUUUGUUUGAAUUUAUCUGUAAAAUAAGACAUCUGAUCACAUGACAAAGACAAAAACUCAAAGUCGAUUUCAGGUUUUUAUUUUAUACAAAAUCAAGCAUAGGCUCCGCCCCCUCCGUACACAAACAGGAAAUAAAGUUUUAAUCUUCAAAUGUUACAAUAGAGACAAAAACUGAUCAAUUCAACCGGCUGCUGAUCAAUAAACAUCAAUCACAAGCAGCGGAGUUUCUCCAGUUGGAGGCGAUUACAAGAUGAAAAUGUAAACUUAAAAAAAAAGUUGUG